AUUCUAGUGUUCUUCUUUUCUGCUUUGUCUUGUCAGCGUUCUCCACGCAUCAUCCAUAGUCCCGUUUGCAACUGGACCUCCCGCUAAACUUUAAAUCCAGAACGAGACAGGACACAAAGAAAGUACCUCGCCACACGUGUAUGACCACAUUUCACCUCUGUGCGCAACUGCCCGAGGUUGCAUGAGAACAAAGAGGAUGGAGGCGUCAGUCAAAUCGAUUGAGAGUCUUGUCAGCGCUUUACCCGGCCGCCCUCAUCAUCUCUCCAUCUCGGCAACCUCCCAAUACCAGCAGCGUCCCAGAGACCAACGGCUCGAAGAAGAAGCCUAUCCGCGUCUCGAGUAUAUGACAUUUCUGCAUGACGUAGAUCGCGGCGUUCUCCUGACCAGAGCUUACUUCGAUAUUCGCAAAGAUCCCGACGAGACAACCAGCAAUGCGCCCAGUCCCCCGAAACCUCGAUCCGACCCAAACAAACCCGUGACCAAGCUGUCCCUGAAAGACUAUAAGAAUAGGAAGAAGGAAACGACGCCGCCCGCUGAGUGCAAUUCGCCCAUAAAAGGGGGCGCGCCGCAGGCCAAUCUGCCUGUGACCAAGGCGGGUAGGGAAAAGCCAGCAGCAGCCUCAAAGAAGCAAGCAGAGCCGGCUGCUCUUGUCGCAAAGGAGAUGGAGCGAAGGCCCGAGCCUAAGAAGCCCAACCCGAACCUACCUCCGAAACCUGAAGUGCGCCGGCCGCGAAGCCCUUCGCUGGAUAAGAGAAAGCGCCCCAUCGACGCACGCGACGACAGGCCACAAAUUCGCAGCAGCAACGAGAGCCUUGCGCCAGUCGCGAGCAAUGCUCGUCUCCCAGCAAAGCCAGAAAUAACGCAUACCGUGGAAAGGCAGGCCUCCCACGAAAAGAAAUUGUCCAAGGAUCUGAAGUCUUCGGCCGCCUUGACAAACGGAAGAUCAGUACUGAGCAACUCUUUCAAUCAUGGAGCCUCUCCGCGACUCGCCAGCCAAGUCAAUGGGUCCUUACAGAAGGCUCUCAGCAGCCACCACAAUACGUCGAGGAAGGAAAAGGCCGAAAACAUGAUGCCCAAGCUGGGUGGGCCUGUGCCUCCGUUAUUGUCGCCCUUGCACCUAUCCAACCUGGAUCAAUCAGACGAGCUAAAAUCAUCGCGUUCAACCCCGACAAAGAGACCCACCGAGAAGGAUGGAGCUCAAACCAAGCAACCGCUUAAGAGGCCGCGCGAUGAGACUGACGCUUCACCUGCUCCGAAGAAACUAAAACCUAACUCAAAGAUCCCGCCGCUUCUUUCACCUACCCUACCGCCCCUGGUGAUGGAAGAGCUGGCUAAGUCAAGGAAAUUGACCCCUCCCAAAGACUCCAGCCAAAAAAGUAGCGUGGCUUCGAAUUCACCAGGUAGUGCGAAGAAGACUGUGCCCAAGCCUGUAAAGGAAGAUACCAUCUAUGUUGAUAGCACAAACACGGACAAAAAGGAAGAUUCACCUAGUUUGAUCGUGGUCAUGAAAUACAAGAGGAGCGUAGGGAAGACGGUAGCCCGACUACUUGCUUUGGCGCCCAAGAAGAAGCCCGAAACAGUCAAGAAGGAUGCGUCGGAAGUUCUCAAGAAGGAAGACCGCGUGGGCCGUGAACGAUCUGAUAGCGCUAACAGCGUUGGUUACAAGCGCCCUCGUGCCUCAACGGAUGUGGUUGAGCCGCCAAUGGCUACCAAGCGGCCGAGAACGUCAGAUAACCCACCUCCGCCUUCAACGCCUUCGAAACAGGCCACAGCCAUGCAGCGCGUGGCCUCCAGUAGCUCCCAAGCGGGUACGCCAGGUGCAGGAAACAGUCUCACGCCUGCGGCACCAACCUCAAGUGAUCGUCGCUUAACGUCAGUUGACCCAGAAAAGAUGAUGCGGCUGAAAAAGCGGCAUCAUGACUUCAUGAAUCUGGGCAUCAAGUUGAAACACGACAGAGAUGCCAUUCUCAAAACGAAAGAUGGGAAACCCCCGCCGAAUCUCUCUAGUCGAGAUCGCAACGUCGCCAUGGCGGCCGCGAUCCAGUGUGCUCUCGCCUACAUGCUGAGCUUUAAAGCAAUGGACGAUGCUCGGGACGUUGAGCGCAAACAACGAGACCCGAACAGUUGGAAGGGUUUAUUACCGCUCCUUCGUGUCUACAGGCUCGACUUGCAGUCCUCCAAUCCCUUGUCCGCAUUGUUGCUUCGGCUGCAUGGCGUCUGCCUCGUUUCGUACGGAAGAGCAUUGGUAACGAUCGGCCCCGAGAAUGCCUCAGCUGCUCGAGACCUCUUCCAACUGUACAAGGACCAGGACCAGACUUGGCGCCUGGCGGACAAUGCAAGACGAACGUUGGAUGGCAAUUCAGGUUCAGACGAUAGCGGAUUGGUCGCUAAGCUCAUCAAUCGCAUUGGACCCUGGACUAGUCCUGAAGAAGCGGUUCCUGUCUCGCUUGAUAUCCUGCGAAAGGUCAUCCGUGAAGUCAAAUUCACAGCCGUGCGCCAAUUAUCUGAACUAUCCGAGUCAAUGGCCAACGGGUCGCGGAGCUGAAAGCGAUCCAGCCCAACUGACAAACCUGAAGUAAACGGGGAUCCGUUUGUGUGAU